AUGAAAAAUGGAGAGAACCCAUCAUUCACCGAGCUUUCAGAGCGAGCAUGGCUAAGGAGAGAAGUCGCUAUAGGCUACAUAAAAGGCGGUAAAAAGGUCAUCAAUCCGGUUCCAAAGACGGAACCUCUCUCCCUCGAAAUGACAGACUCAUUAAUCGUUAUAUCGGAGCUCGAAGGAGACCAACCCACCACACUAUGA